CGACAUGUGAGGCUAUCGACCAUUAAAAGGUUGUCUCGCAGCUACCAACUUUGUAGUGUGGAUAUGAAUGUAGGUGAUGCAUUUCUAUUCAUUUGGAGUUCUUUGCGUUCUUUUUAUGGAUUGCUGGUGACCGUUGGACAAAACCGAUGCAUAAGGGCAUCUAGAAUCUGUACCGCGCCAGCACUGGAAAGAACCAAGCACGGCAGACCGUGCGAAAACCGCACACAGCGAAGAGAAGACCGGAAGACGGCGCCGCAGAGCCGCGACGUGAGUGGCUCAAGGUCAGGCCAUGUCAGGUGUGACUCUGGUUGCACCUGUUUCAAGGUGACGCAUGAAGCGCGUAUGGCUUGUGUUUGUGCUCGAGGCUGCGGUGGCAGUGGCCACUCGGCCUGGGGCGGACACCUGGAACGAGCCAGGUGCCUUGGAUGCGGAUGCUAGCCCUGCGGAUGAGGAGGUGCGUCGGCAUCAUCGGCAUCAUCGGCAUCAUCGGCAUCAUCGGCAUCAUCGGCAUCAUCGGCAUCAUCGGCAUCAUCGCUCCAAGACCGUGGAGCCCGAGCCGGAGGAGCAGGACGAGCCAGAGCAGAAGGUGUCCUUUUCGCAGAGUGAGGCCCAGCCGAGGCAGAAACAUGUGGAGAAGAAGAGCUACAGAGCUGGGUCCGAUGAGACUUCUUCCGCCUCGGGUGGCUUCAUGGUAGAUCAAGCAACUCUGCAGAAGUUCGGCCUGAACCAGAGUUCCUUUGAGGAGAUCGUCCGGCAGCAGCAUGAUCGUGGAGAUCCCAACAUGCCACCGUUACAGCCUAGCCUUCCGGAACUCCGUGCUGUCACCUCCUCCGACAAGGGCUUCAACAUCCUCUUGAAAGCCUACAACUUCGUGAGGCCCCUGCGUGCGAAGGGGCAAAACGUGGUGGCGUCGCUGCUGAUGGUGAACGAUGCGGACAACUGCUUGAUGAAGCUGGCCUACAGCACCUACAGGAUGGACCACGAGGAUGAAGACGACUAUCCCUAUUUGCCGCGCAAAUGCGGUGACGACUUCCGCUGGGACCGCCCCUUGUGAGCGGAGAAGUUCGAUGGGAAAAUGGAUGAAAG